AUGGAUCCCAACCAGAUGAUGCCCCGGAGCUUCCCCAUGUGGCCACCCACCGCCUCCGACGCCAUGCCGCCGCCGCCGCCGCCCUUCCUCCCCCCACCCAACGCCAACCUCGCCCCCAACCGCGCCUGGAAGCGCAAGAACCCCAACCCCAACUCCGCCGCCUACCAGCCGCCCGCCAUCGGCGACCUGCAGGUGCAGAACCGCGCCAAGGCCCGCCGCUGGUUCAAACCCAACCCCAACAACCGCCGCCCCUUCUUCCACAAGCCCAAGGCCAAGGCGCCGCGGAACACGUCGUCCUUCAUCAUCCGCGCCAAGCGCGCGGGGGGCAUCGCGCCGCUGGUCUCCCCGGGGCCCGUCACCCCCGCCGUGCUGCCCACGCCCGUCAUCUCCCCGGCCCACGACGAGCGGCUGCUCUCCGACGUGCUCGCGCAGCAGCAGUGGGGCGUCGACGGCUACGGCUCCAUGAAGGGCCUCAUCCGGCUCCGCCCCGCCACCCACGCCGCCUCCUCCUCCGACGACUCCAGCGGGGGCAGCGACGUCGAGGAGCACGUCGAGGUCGAGAGGCGGCUCGACCACGACCUCAGCAGGUUCGAGAUGGUCUACCCGCAGCCUGGCGCCGUGCUUGAGGACCACGACGAGGUGUAUGGCCGGAGCCAGGAUGAUGACGUGGAUGUGCAUGUCGCCAGGCUGGAGGAGGAGAACCUCACGCUCAAGGAGAGGCUCUUUCUCGUGGAGCGGGAGGUGGGGGACAUGAGGCGCCGUCUCGAGGCCGUCGAGGCGCGAUUCUCUGACGCUGCUCUUGCUAAUGCUGAGAAUGCUGCUGUUGCUGUGGAGAAUGGCACCGAGAGGGGUGAUUCUAAUGCUGCACCUGGUGCUGAUGACGCAGUUGAGCAGGUGCCUCUGCAGAAUGGCACCGAGAGGGGUGAUGCAAAUGCUGCAGCUGGUGCUGUCAACGACGCAGUUGAGCAGGCUCUGGAGAAUGACACCGAGAUGAGUGAUGCGGCCGCUGGUGCUGACAACACAUUUGAGGGUAGCACAGAGAAGGGUGAUGCGUCUGAUAAUGGAGUCAACAAGUCUCUAGAGAAUGGCACUGCAGAGCCGCAGAUGAGCGGCAAGGAGGAGGAGAGCUACAUUGCAGGUUCGGAGAAGAACGCUGAGAUUGGUGAUGCUGCAAGCGCCCAGGGCAAUGGCCAAGAGGCCUGAGGCUCUUGGGCUAUUAUUGGCUGGUGGAAGAAAGAUAGACACAAGUGGUGGUUAUUACUGUACAUACUUGUCGACCACGGCAGACCCAAGCCAUGCGACGGUGAUUCCCUUUUUGGAAACUGACACGUCGUAUACCAGCGGUGGUGGUUUGUCGUGUAGACAAUGUAAUGUGUUUCCUUUCCUGGAGCUCCGGGAAACGGUUCGUCUGCCGUUUUGAGUUCCCCCUGUUUUAGUAUAUUUCUCGCGGAGAAACCUUAUAGUGUUUAGCUGUGUUGCCCAAAGUGGUAGAUACUUUAAGAUGAUGAUGGUUUGUUGUUAUUGUAUCCGUUCAUUGUGAUGAUGACAUUUGUUACUGCUCCUUCCGUUUUGCAUUAUCAUGUUUAAUUCUGUUGUUUACAAUCUCA